UAGUGUAACAUCGGUUUAGCUCUCCCUCGGCUUCACUCGAUUUAUUUGAUUAAAUCAAUUUUUUUGCAUUCGGGCUUGAAUUCAUGUAAACAAUAACAGCUGAUUGGUAAACUUUACUGGCUCUAUUUAUGAUUUAUAUUUAAGAGAUGUACUCGGCAAACCAUAAAGUUCUACGAAUUAUUUCACCGAUUGCUUGCAGAUUUUUUUCGAGUUCCAAGACGACACCGAACUGGCCUCGUAAAGUGUUUUCCGGUGUGCAGCCAACCGGUGCGCUUCAUAUUGGCAACUACCUCGGGGCCAUCAAACGUUGGGUGGAUUUGCAGAAUGCGGGUGAAGAUGUCACUUAUUGUAUAGUAGACCUUCAUUCGAUCACCAUGCCUCAUGAACCGGAAAAUCUUCGACAAAAUAGUCUCCAAAUGGCAGCCACUCUUCUGGCGUGCGGGAUAGACCCAGCAAAAGCUACCCUCUUCGUGCAGUCUGGUGUUCCACAACAUGCUGAGCUAUCAUGGAUUCUUGGGUGCAUGACUACGAUGGCAAGAUUAACUCACCUACCACAGUAUAAGGAAAAAGCUUCCAUAUUGAAGGAAAUUCCCUUGGGUUUGUAUAUAUAUCCUGUGCUGCAAGCAGCCGAUAUAAUGGUUCACAAAGCUACACAUGUUCCGGUCGGUGAAGAUCAAGUUCAACACUUGCAGAUGGCUCAGUCUUUGGCCAGAGCAUUUAAUAAUAGAUUUGGAGCAACAUUUCCAGCAUGUGAGGCUAUAAUUUCGGAUGAUGCCAGUAGUCGAAUAAAAUCAUUACGAGACCCUACCAAAAAGAUGUCUAAGUCGGAUUCAGAUUCUAAAAGCUGUAUUCUACUAACAGAUCAAGCAAAAGCUGUUGUAGAAAAAAUUAAAAAAUCUGUAACAGAUUUUACCUCUGAAGUAACAUUCGACCCUGUUACUCGUCCAGGGGUUUCCAAUUUAGUCACAAUCCACUCGUUAAUAUGCGAUAAAACUCCUACACAGAUAUGUCAAGAAUCAAAAGGUUUGAACACCGGACAAUAUAAGUUACUUGUGGCAGAUACGCUGGUUGCUCAUCUCAGCCCGAUCCGGGACAAUAUCAAAAGAUAUAUGACUGAUCCGGAAUAUUUAGCCACAGUGAUUGAUGAGGGCUGCGAAAGAGCACGCUCUGUGGCGGAGAGAACGUUGGUGGAAGUCAAAGACAAAAUUGGGAUGAAUGGUUUCAGUAUUGCAAGGCGGCAGACAUUGAGAGAGGGACGAGGUGUCGAAUAGAACGUAAUGUUAAAAAAUUCAAUAGAUAUUUAUUAAAUUAAAAUAACUCGUUUCAUCAGUGAUAAUUGACUUGAUUCUCCCGUCUCGUUCUUGUUUAUCAGCCCAACCAUACGAUUUUUUGCUGUAUCUAGCGAACAUCUCAAUUCAGCUCGACUCAUGGCCGCUCUUGAGAUGAUUUCUGUUAAUUCCUCGUUCGGACUCUGGCAUUCGCCGUCAAUCCAAUUUUUAUCGUGGUUCGUUUAUAACACAUGGAUCAAUAAGUCCCGAGACUAAAGCAGAGAUGGCGCUCAUAGUAAACCAGUAACCACGUCUUUCUAGAGUACUAACCUUUGCUUGAAACGGGUCAAAAUUUUAAGUCGAUCCGACCAGAAACAGCUGAGUUAUCGAGGUUGGAGUAAAGUCGUUUUGUAGUUUGUUUAAAAAAUGGAAUAAACCGAGUUUCGUGUUUUGAUAAAA